AUAUAUCUGGAGAGGUUGGAGAAGGCUGUUUCGAAAAGUGCGCUUGCGACGGUGUUAAGUCGGUCGGACGAUCCGUUUCAUAAGGCUACGCUGAGGACGUAUCUUGGGACCUUUGAGUUUGCUGUUGACCCGUUGGAUAUGGCACUGCGAAAGUUAUUGAUGGAACUUCACUUACCGAAGGAAACACAGCAGAUCGACCGUGUCCUCGAGGCUUUUGCGGUAAGGUACUCGGAAUGUAACCCGAACCUCUUUCCAAAUGCCGAGGUCCCGUACGUGUUGGCCUUCAGCCUGAUGAUGCUACACACAGACGCUUACAACAAAUCCAACAAACACAAAAUGACAAAAAUGGACUAUGUCCGGAAUACCCGCAUGGACGGUCUCCCACCCGAUGUUCUUGAGUGUUUUUAUGAUAAUAUCACAUAUACCCCAUUCAUCCACAUCGAUGACGACGUUGACAUCAACGGGAACCUUCCCUUAGAAGGCGGCGGGGCGAAGAGGAAUGGAUUUUCGAGACGGGAUGAGGUCAAGAAGGGGAAGGGGGCGGUGGAUCCAUACACGCUGAUCCUGGAGGGCAAAUUGGAGACGUUGAGACCGGAUUUGAGCGCGGUGUUGAGGGAUGAGUCGGAGUUUUCGUAUACGGGUACGGUGCCGUCGUUUGAAGUGGAGAGCUUGCAUAAAGCUUUCACGGAGACUGCGACGCUGCAGAUUGUCAGUCCGCGUAGUCGACCGGGAGCGUUUUUGACACCGGCGGCGGCUGCGCAUCCGCAGGAUACGGAUCCGGGGUUGGUUGAUGUGAAGGUUACGAAAGUUGGGAUUUUGAGUCGGAAGGAAGAUAAGAAACGCGGGAAGGCGUCAAGGGCGUGGAGGGAGUGGGGUGUUAUUUUGACGGGUUCUCAGGUUCUGUUCUUCAAAAACGUGCAGUUUGUGAGGUCGUUGAUUCGGCAGUACGAGAAACAUCGCAAACAUGGGAAUGAUGGAGAGACGGUUACGUUUCACCCUCCCGUUAAGGCAUUCAGCCCUGAUGCGAUGCUGACGACCGUUGAGGCUGUUGCGGUGUAUGACAAGAUCAACGCAAAGAAAGGGAACUCGACGUUUAGGUUUGUUAGUCGGGGUGGGACGCAUGAUGUUUUCAAGGCGGAGAAUGAAGAGGAGAUGAAUGAUUGGAUUGCUAAGAUCAAUUACGCGGCGAGCUUCCGGACUGCGGGUGUGAGAAUGAGGGGAAUUGUCAUGCUCAAUGAAGGUGGGCCCAGGAGGGGGUACACGCUCAGACGUGCGGAGUCUCAGUCGAGUGCGAGCACGGGCGGGCAUUCGAGGGAUGAGAGUCAGCUGAGUUUGGCGGCGGAGAUUGCGGCGGCGAGGAGGACGAUCCUACGUCAUAAACUGACGGAGAUCAUGGAGAAGAUGACAGCACAGGAGGCGCAGCUCGAGGCUGAUAUGCGGACUGCGAGGAAUUUGAGGGUGUUGACGCCAAUCCAGGCCUUCACGCGCGAGAAGGUGAUUGAGGCGGCGCAGGCACUUGCCACGAGGAUUAGUUGGGUGCGGAUUGAGCAGGCGAGACUACUUUGUCAUCAGGAAGUUCUGUCGAGGGAC